UAUACCGCCCCCUUCUCCCGCCGGCCGCGACUCUCCUCGCUGCUAUUACGCUGGCCGUGAUGCCCAAGAGGGGGAAGCAGCGGCCACCGGACCCCGAGGAGAGUGGGGAUGAGGAGAGUAGGAGCCCUUCUGGUCCACCCAGCCUCUUGGGCCCUCCUCCCAUAGCCAAUGGAAAGUUUGGUGGCCCUGAUCCAGGCUUCCACAGAGGCCCUCAGGGCUUAAGGGGACCAGUGAUCCCACCACUCCUAAGCCUCCCAGUCCCUUUUUGGGGAGGGUGCCCAAUGAGAGGGGGCCCAGGACCUAGGCCUCGACCAUACCUACAUAGCCGUUGGGCUUAUGAGGAUCCAGAACCUAGGUGGGGAACAGGCUAUGGGGAUCAUGCCAGGAAUGGUCCUCCCAAUGGAUGGAGAAACCUUGGAGGGAGCAGUAGCCACCAUCCAUCUAAGAACAUCCCCUGGCCCAAGAAUGCCCCUCAACUCAAGGAUGGAGUUCAGGAAGGUGAUAGAACAGAUAAAUCCAAUCGCCCUGUCUGCAGACACUUUUCAAAGGGUCACUGCCGCUAUGAAGAUCUUUGUGCCUUCUACCACCCAGGGGUGAAUGGACCUCCAUUGUAAAACUGUGCCUUCCACCAGUCAGGCUCCAGUGGACCUUUUCUAUUCUGGAAGCCCAUUGCCCUAUUAUUCUUUGUUGGCUUCUCAGAGGUGUUUCUGCCCAAUACCUCCAGCCAAGGAAGGAGCCUGAGCCUGAUCCUCUUCUUUCUCCUACCUGGGGGUAUGGGAGGAUGGGGGGAGAGGGGGAGAAAAUGAGGAGAGUAGCAGAGGAGGUUUUUUAAAAAAUAAUGUUUUAUUGAUACUUUUGUUUUUUACACCAUUGUCACUUCCCAGUAACACUCUUCCUGCAGCCCUGUCUUGAAACAAAGAAAGUCACUUAUGCAAACAAGUCAUCAGAUGGACCACAUCUCACAGUAUAUGCAGCAUUCCACAUCAGUAGUUGAUGUGAAAGGUUUUCCAUUCAUUGAUCUGCAUCAUAUGUUUCUUCUGUUAGAGGUGGAAUGGGAAGGAGGGGUUUUGAUUUCAAUGCUAUAUUUUCCCCUGAUGAGUUGUAAUGGAAACCUAAUUGGUGCUGUUCACCCACAACUUUCCCCCUUCAAGUAUUACUUGUGGUUCUUGUGAGACCUGUGGUUCUUGUGAGCCCCUGGAUAGUUUUGAAAAAAGACACUAUCUUUACUUCAUUGUCUUGUUAGUGGUGUCCUUCAGCCCCUUCCUCACCUUCAGCAAUAGAUCUAAGAAAUUCCCUUUAGCAAGCUACCUUGUGGUUCACCUAUUUCCCCAUCUCCCCAAGUCAUUCUGAGUGUGAAAUAAUGGCUCUUUACCUUACUCCUAAUUUUCUUUCCCUUCCUCUCCUUUUCCCAUAUCCUGUCAGUUGGAUUCUGUGAAUCUCUACCCAGUAUAGAUCUCUGGGCAAGGAAAUUCCCCUAUCUCACUGGUUGGAGUUUAGAUGAUACUACUGCCUUUCCUGUUUUCCUUACCUUUAUCCUGUGUAGGUUUUCUGUGAAAACAGAUUUUAAGUUGUAUGAGUAGGGCCUUGAGAAAGAUUAGGGAAUGUGGGGAAAUGGAGGGACUGGAGCCAUGACUGGUUGAAAAGUUUUUGUUCUAGUGCUUUUUUAAAAAAUAAACUGAGGAAACAUUUUAUUUAAUACUGGUAUUCCCGAAGUCUUUGUGUAUGAGGAACAGAGUAUUCUAGUAUAAGCUAAAAUACAAAUUCCUCUUUGGCACUUAAACCUCUACUCUGGCUCCAGCUUGUUUAAUGUUUUAUUUCCUAUUGCUUUUUAUGCACUCUUGUGUUUUCCUACUCACCUGGCUUAUUUGCUGUUGCCCAGUACAGGACAUUGCAUUUCCUGCUUCUAAACCUUAUUCUCAUUACCUGGAAUGUUCAUCCACCUUACCUUUGCCUCUUGGGAUCCCCUAACUCUUAAAAGCUUAGCUCACAUGCAACAUUCUGCACAAAUCUAAUCUCCCUAGUUGCUGGACUCCAUUCCAAUACCUUUGUAUAUACUUCAUAUUUACUUAUCUAUAUUCAUGUUGUUUGUAUCUUUAAUUUUCCUUAUAGUAGAAUGGAAGCUUAAGGGCAGAGACAUGUUUUUGUCCCAGUGUGUCCCAGUUGCAGAGUACAAUGCCUUGCACAUAAGCAGGCACUUAAAUAAAUUCUUGAAUUGAGUUAUAUUGAAUGGUU